AUGUUUACUACUGUAUUAAUUAUAUGCAGUAAGAUAAAAACCUUAUAUACUUAAAAUUUAAAUGAAUUAGAUGUAUCAACAGGAUAAAUAUGUUCCAUUGAAAUAUUUUUCGCUUCAAUUAAAUAUAUAAAUGAAUAAUAAGGAAAUAAAUCUACCUCUGUUCUAAUCGAAAUGAUUUUAAUUUUACUCUGUUUGAAACAAAGUUAUCUUUUUGUUAUUGAUUUAUUAAGAGUCUAUUAUAAAAAAUACAAAAUUUUGCUAUUAAGUGAUGCAUUGAAAAUAAUAAAUUGCAAUUUGAGCCUAACUAUUUAUGUAAAUAGAAAAUUAAAUUAAAUGAAGGACAAUAAUAUAUAUUUCUAUAACGAGAAUAAAAAUUAAAAAAAAUUUAAGAAAAUUAAGAAUUCAUUUAUUAUAAAUAUCAAAAUUUUAAUUAGAAUAAUAAAAUAACUUUAAUUUAUUAAAUUUUUAAUCAACAUCUAGGCCAGCACUGGCUGGUCUUAAGUAAAAUGCAUAUAAGAUUAUUAGAUUAGAUACAUACAGAAACCAAUAUUUAUGAAUUAUCUAAUUUAAAGGUUAUUAUUACUUUUAUAAUAUAUUAUUUAUAUACACUAAUAAUAUAACUAUUCUAUUAUUCUAUUGUUGAAGUUCUAAUUAUCGCCUCACCUUUAGGUAGUUAUCUAUUCAUAAUAAUAUCUUAACAAUCUGUAUGACUUUUGA